AAGAAAAGACGUAGUCGUAAACAUAUAAGGAAGCGUGAUGACGUCACCUGGUGUUAUUUUCAAAGAUGUGUAGAACAGUAAGGGGUCUAAAGCUGUGGCUCAGCUGUUAGCGGACCAUCAUGGAGAGCCCGGAGCUCAGCUUCACUCUGGUCUACGUCGUCUUCGCUCUCUGCUUCGUCUUCACUCCUAACGAGUUCCGCUCCGCCGGGUUGACGGUACAGAACCUGUUUUCGUCCUGGUUGGGCAGCGAGGAUGUGGCCUUCAUCCAUUACCACGUCCGCAGAACUAGUGUCACCCUGCUGCUCCAUUCUGCACUGCCUAUAGGUUACUAUCUGGGAAUGACGAUUGCUGUUCCAGAGAAAAACUUGGGAAACAUUCACCAGCUCAGCAGCAGUUGGAAGACUUUUGUCCUCCUGUCUGUCUGUCUCCAUUUGGCCAGCUGGACGCUUGUCUUCUACUGGUCCUGUCAUCAGUGGAGAAACCAUCCCAUCAGCCUGGGACUGCGGGCCCACACGCAGCCUCCGUUCUUGAGCUGGGGUUCUGUUGCGUCCAGCAUCAACACUGAGUUCAGACGCAUCGACAAGUUCGCUACAGGAGCCCCUGGAGCUCGCGUCAUCGUCACUGACAACUGGGUGUUGAAGGUGACCACCUAUCACGUCUACAUGGCCUUACAAAAUGACUGUCAUGUCACGGUGACAGAGUCCAGGCAGCACCAGCUGAGUCCAGACUCUCUGUCCCCGGCUCAGAUCCUCACCAUGAGAGUGAGCAGCAUCAACCCAGCCAUCAGGCCCUUUGACAUCAGGCUCAACUCCACAGAGUACGCCGAUCUGAGGGAUAAGCUGCGUGCUCCAAUCAGGAACUCUGCUGAUGUGGUGAUUCACCAGACCAUCAGUGAACUGUUCCUGGAUACGUUCAGAGCACAGGUGGCGCUCAACCAGCCCUAUGGCCUGCCCACUGGACAGGAGGUGGAGCUCUGUAUUGGCUGUAUGCAGGUUCCAGCAAACACGAAGCUGCUCAGACUCUGUCGCCCAGAAGGAGGUGACAACGAGUCAGACUGCCAGCCCUGCUUCUGCAGACCUAUGUGGUGUUUGUCCUGCCUGGGCCGAUGGUUUGCCAGCCGUCAGGACCAGCAGAGACCAGAGACCUGGUUGUCCAGUACAGUCCCGUGUCCGACGUGUCGAGCCAGAUUCUGUAUACUGGACGUCUGUGUGGUUCACUGACACACAGACAUUUUCAUAUUCUCAACGUUCCUGUGGGAUAUGGCCUUACAAAAACGUUAAAAAGUUUUUAUUUCAAGUGCACUUUUUGUCAGCCAUAUUCGGUGUUUCCUGUUUUCUGAUGUGCUGACAUCAGGGGUUGAAAUGAAGGAAAUUCAAAAUCUGUAAACAUCAGGUGCAGUGCUGUCAGAGCAGUUGUAGCAGGAAUCCUGGGUAAUGAAAGUAAAUAAACGCAGUCGCUCUUCUCCUUCAUUGGACAAACACA